AGUUUUUUGAACUAUGUUGUGUUAUAAUAUCAAAUGAAAGAGCUUUUUAUAACUAUCUAUAAAAAAAAUGUGUCAAGUAAUUUAAGAAAAUAGGCGAAAAAUUACCACUAAUGAAAUUAUCCAAUCAAACUCAAAUAACAUGAUCAAAGUGUAAGAUUUUAAGAAAAGUAAUCAUAUAAGGUCUGUAUAGUUAAAUUGUGACACAUAUACAUACGGGUUUUUUUAUUUCUUCUCAUAAAAUUAAUUUACCUAUCCAUACUAUAAAAAGGUGACUUGGUCAGUAAAAUGGUGACUUUUAGGGAAACUAAAUGUGACUUGUGAGUUCAGGGCCCUGGCAACACUGCUUUCUUUCAUUUUUCCUUUUCGGCCCAUGCGCUGAAUGGUGGCUUGGUCGCUUGCAUUGCAUCGGCACCGGUGUAUUUUCUUUGGUGAUGUGAUGUAAAGCAAGGGAAAUUUCUCGUAUUUGGCGUCAACAUUCAGUGAUCAGGUAAGUCAAGAUGAUAUUUUUGGCUACCACGAAUGUUAUUUUAAGUAUCUAUAUAGUGUGCUCUGUUAUGAUUUCUGCGUAAUGAGUAAUCAAUGAUAUAUUAUGGUGCCUUCAUUUAAGUUGUAAUGAAUAACAUUAAGGUGGAAAUACAUUAUUACACGCCACAUGACGCGAAUCAAAUUGCAGUUUUUUGCUAUUCACAUGUACAUCCGACGCGUCACCUUGCUCCGUACAAUCGCGUGUGCACGUUUAAUACAUGGCGGUCAUGGGCGUCAUGGCGUCGCGUGUUAAUAAUGUGUUUUCGACUAUAUUAACGGGUUUUUUCGGUUUUAGUGUGUGAUACAUGACAAUAACCUCUAACAAUACAAUAGUGUGGGUCUACACAGCGAGGCACGUCCCUUAUUUUCUGUGUAGCGGCAUGUAUAGCGUCGUUGAGUUUGCUGAAGAAUGGCUGACACCCGGGAAGCAGCGAUGUCUGUGGCCGCCCCAAAAAUUGAUGACCAAGUUUGCAGCCAAGUAAGUUCAGCAGGGUGAAAAAUCAAAUAAACAUACCUACUGUUUAUAGUGAUGAUGAUUAUGAGGCUUAUACUGGUGAAAAAAAUAGGACUUAUCGGAAGCAAGUAACUUCUUCGGUGCAAUCUACACCUGUUAGCUCAAAAUCCCAAAAGCAACACUCUAGGCCGGUAUAUACAGAACUGAACAAAAGUGAUGAUGAUACAGAUCUGAGCAAACGUGAAGAUUUCAAGGAAAGCUCUGCAAAGACUACAGACAGUGAAAUGUCACAGCUUCUGCAAAGUCCAAGUGGCCUGGAUAACCUAGACUUUACAAUAACACCAUUUUUUAUAAAUGAGAAGCCAAAUUCACAAGCCUUAGAUGUCAUAGCUAAGCACUUAGCUCGAAUUGAAGCUGACUUGAAAGAGAUGCAAAUCGCACAGAAUGAAAUAUUAAAUAGGGUGCGAUCAUCUUCUGUCUCGAUGGAACAUUCACUGCCAGGGGAAAGAACAUUGCCAUGUGAGGACAGCAAGGAUUUGAUUGAUACUGAAAAGUGGAUAAAUGCAGCUCCCGAGAACAGAAAACUUUUGACGCAGUGCGGUUGAACCAGGUUGCAACCAACGCUACUGAUGCUGUGAUACAAGAAAUAAUUCAGAUGAAUAUGGCUACAUAGUUCUUCCAAUAUAUACACCUUCUUGUUGACACUUCUCACAAGCGCGCAAGGAAUUGUGGGAUUUGAUACAUUUUAUAAAUGCCCUAGCUGGUGCAUCUGCUAUUAUACAACUUACUUGAAAUUCAAACUUUACUCCAUUAACAUAUAAACCAUUCUGCUCUAACCGUAAACAUUCUUCUACAAAGGGACGCAGAAAUACAGCAGCAUUGUUGGGCUUUGAUUCCCCGUAAUAAAGUGCUACAAUAAAUAGCUGCUUGUCGGGAGAUUGAUCUAAACCACCUCUGUGUUACUGAUAAAAUGAAUAUUCUCUUUGUGUCAUUUUUCGUUGCAUGAACGGUUUUUAGAUGUUGUGCCUUUAGAAGCUCUUUCUACUAGAUAUAUUUCAAGGCCAAAGUAUACAUAUCUAUGAACCACCAGCACAAUCUGUAACGUUUACAUUACGCGGCGUUUCUAAUAACGUUCGUGCAUCCCUCGGUGAAGAAGAAUGACAAGGUUGCAACUUUUUUAGCAAAUCGUUUAGAGCAGAGUGACCUAAAUUAUGUUUCUUAGACCACAAUACAAGAAAAGAAUUAAUAUUAUCAUCUGAAUCAGAUGGAACAUCAAUAUCUCUUAAGGGUUCUUUGGUAUAGUAAUCAAUUGGAAUAUUUGAAUUAAAAGCUACGUCAAUUGUACCGUAAUGAUCUGCACUUAAGAGUGAUUCAUGUUCAGUAUUGGAAAGAGAAGUGAGUAAACGUAACUCUUGUUUGAUUUGUAUUGUCUUACGAGCUAGACUUCGUUUUUUUUUAUUUUUUUUGUAACAGCGGGUUUGCUACUGCUUGGCUCUUCGGGCUUCCCGUCCUCCAUUGCGGUCCUUAGUGAAUCUGAACCAAUUUCAUAUUAUCUCUUAGAACCGAAAUUGGAUUUGUUAAUCAGGAAUAUGAAGACCAUCAGAUUUUAAAAAGUAUACUAACAGAACUUGAUUGAUAUUGUAGUCAUUAAGAAGAUAAAAAAAUGUCCGAAGUCUGAUUCCUAUAUAAUUGCAAAAUAUAGGAAUUCUUAAAUAAAUCUGAUUUUUAUGUGGAACAUUGGUUCCACAUAAAAAUCAGAUUUAUUUACAACAGUAGCAAAUUAGGCAUAUAUAAAGUUAGUCACGGCACAAACAGAUUUUUUUACAUCUCGUCACAGUUGCACAAAAUAUGUUUACUGUUACCCAACUUUUGUGAUAAUGAUGACUCUUUUGUAUGUAGGUAUACCCUUUGUAUUAUACUAUUAGGUAUGGCCAAAGACUAAUAGAAGUAUAUAUUUAUACUUAAUUAAGACGAGUAAGGCUCCAUUAAUUGUAUUAAUUGUAACUUUUUAACCUUUUUAGGCUACUAGACUUAUAUCAAUAUUGGCAAAAUAAAUAAUUGUUUUCUAUAGAAUUUGACUUAAGAAACCAAUAUUUAUAGGCAUGAGGUAUUAAAAGUGUAUGUUGACUACCUACGUAUUUUUGACUAAAAAUGAUUUUUUUUUUAAUUUUGGACACUGAAAACGCUAUCGGCGAUGUAGUGACGUCAUAGGAUUCCAACCUAACUAUGUCGAAUCAUAAAUGACAUUUGUGCCUUAUAUUUAAAUGUUAGAAAAUGUUGUUUUCCAGCAGAAUGACAACAAACACAGAUAAUCUAUAGACUAACAUGGCUGAUGUUUUUGCCUGAUUAAUUAGUUCAUAGUUCAUAGUUAGUUCAUAGUUAUUUAUUCAUUAACAAAAUGAUUGUGUAUGAAACAAAUAUACAAAAGAAAAUAACAUACAAUAUUUACAUUACUUAACAAUAAAAUAUCUUAAUAUAGAUUAUUCAUAUUUACAAUUCCAUUAAUAUUAUACAUUAUGUCAAAACAAUUUAAAUUAUUAAACUAAAAAUCUUCUACCUUAUAGAAGCACUUCUCUUCCAAAAAAGCAUUUAAUUUAUUUUUAAAUAUUUGUGUAUUAUUUAUUGUUUUAAGUUCAGCAGGCAACUUAUUAAAUAACAAAACAGAUUGAUUGAUUAAUUAAAAGUAUACUUUGAAAAUAUUUUUUGCGGUUUUCAAGUCAUAAUAAAAUAUGGCAAUAUUUUUUUUCGGUUCAUUGAACAGUAAUUAAUAAUAUAAGAGAGACUUUAAAAAGGGUCAAGUAGCCUAUUACCACCUGUUAUCACCAAAUUGUUACCUGUGUACUUAUUGUAUUGUGUUGUACUCUUUCUUUAAUACGUAUGUCAUUUCACACUGGUGUACACAUUUUUAAACUUAAUUAUAGUCAUAAAACUGA